UGCGGCGCAGACAUAAGUCACAGGUGCGUGUGUGUGCGAGCGCUAAAGGUAGACGCGACGUUUUUCGUGAACCGACUGCCCGGCGGAUCGCAACCACGGUUGGUGCGGUUCCAAGUGGAACGGUUGCCUCCGCCUACUUGGCUAGCCGUCGAUAGCAGUUCAAGGCCGAAAAGCGCAUUUCCCGUGUGCUCGCUCGAUCGUGUGUGUUUGUGUGCACGAACACAAUACUAGAAAUUAGUUAGAAUUUUUUUUUCUAUUUUUUUUUUCUAAUGAAAGACUGCUCAACGGCGACUGAUUAAUGAUGUACGAUAAAAAAAAAAAAAAUACGACGACCGUUUCAAAAAUGGUGAUUCAUGCACAUCAGCAGAAUUAUGGUGUCCUCAAUUUAUCACGGAGCACGUUCACUCUAUGACGAUCUGUGGUGUGGCCUCCAUGAAAAGCAUGUACCCGGUGGCUUGGAAACCCAAAUCCUUUUUGUUCUCUGCCGUCCUAUACGUGUGCAGUUUAGACCUGGUGCUGGGUGGCAUGUGCUGGGGAUCGAUGGGUAAAAAUGGCCUAUGCAAGGACUUGUUGGCUGAACGCCUGUCGAAAGAACAGUGCUGCAAGUUGGGUGGUAGUUCCGUUUCCACGUCCUGGAGCUCGACUGACUUGGACCCUGGGGCACUGUUUUUCUGGCGCGUCUUGGGCGACGGAGUACCGUGCGCAAAGUGCAAAGGAUCGUGCACGGACGUGGAAUGUGUUACUGGCAAGAAGUGCGUUAUGCGAUCCGGCUCGCCAAAGUGCGUCUGUUCACCCAACUGCAAGCAACGUGACGGAUUCACGGUCAAGGGUCCGGUGUGCGGUACGGACGGCGUUUCAUACAAAUCGCACUGCCGACUGAAAAAGAGAUCGUGUCGUACCAGAGACCAAUCGUUGGUGGUCGACUACCACGGCAUGUGUCAGAGUUCAUGCAAUAAAGUCACCUGCCCAGGAGGCAAAUACUGUCUACAGGACCAGAACCUGAUGCCACACUGCGUUAAGUGUGCAACUUUCUGUCCUCCGGGAAUGUCGCCGUCCAGGCUGGUGUGUGGAUCAGACGGCAGGACGUACCAGAGCGCGUGUCAUCUGCGCGAAGCCGCUUGCCGGAUGGGCAAGGCCAUACCGAUAGCGUACAAGGGUCUUUGCAAGAAAUCUGCCACGUGCGCUACUGUGAGCUGCAAGGGCGGUCAGAAAUGUCUGGUCGAGAAAAAGACCGGACGUCCGAGGUGCGUGACGUGCAACCUGUCGUGCCCGGAACCGGAAACUUCGGGAAAGCGUAAGGACACCGCGGACGGAAAAGUGUGUGGUAGCAACGACAAGACGUACCACUCUUGGUGUCAGAUGUUCAUGGACGCGUGUGCCACGGGUGUAGUGAUAGAGACCAAGGCGUCGGGACCGUGCCGAGACGGCGAAAUGGAUGUUUUCAACGGCAAUUGGAAUUACGUGAACGCGUCCAACGUACUCAUCGAUGGGAUUUGAACAAGACAAAUUGACUAUCAGAAACGUGAUAUGAUUCCUUUAGACAAAUUUAAUACACAUUAUAUAAUAUUAUUAUAUACAUACCUAUAAUAAUUAUACACACAUAUUAUUAUGCUAA